UUUUCGAGUAUGUGUAGGGAGGGCUCCGAGGCUGUUCCAUGUCGUUUCUCGCGAGCAUUGUUGAACUGUUGAAGAACUACAAAAAUCGUACAUCAUGGCGCUGUAUUACUCUCUCACGGCGGAUGAUCUAGAGAACACCUUUGGGGAGUCGCCAAACCCACGUACCCAUACAAUCGGCGAGCUUGAUAUGGCGAAAGAGGCGAAAACACGCGCGUCCCGGAUACCCGCACAACGAUGGGAGGAAUUGAAGGCGAUCAUCUGCACAGAAUAUAAAAGGAAGACUCUGGAGGCGCUGAUGAUGUUCCUCAAAGAGGAGCAUGACCUCGACGUCACGUAUUGUUCUUCUGGGGGUUUGAAGAUUUCUAAUUUAGUGCUAACUUUGGGUAGGAAACGUCAACUUGUCUAUAGACUGGGCAUCUGGGAUUGCGGGAAGUAUAACCUCAAAGACGAUCAAAGCGACGAGGACUCCGACCUGGACGAUGAAGAUUUCGUCCCAAAUGGCGGUCAUGUCUACGAGGUUCCUGACGCAUUGGGGCUCACAUCCUGUUUCGAAGCGGGCUCAUAUACGUACGACCUCAUAACUCACCACAUCCAAGCAGCGAAUGCAAUCUUCGCAGUCGCCGGCGGUGGUUACGCCUGGGCAACAUAUAACAACGACUUCCACGACGACGUGAAAGAUUCAAAGAGGCUUGUAGCCCUUUGCCGAUCAGCCGAGACCGUCGAACAAUGCCGGAAGGCUCUGGACAUCCUAGAAUCGCAGAUCUCGCAGUCCAGCAGCCACGUGGGAUUCUGGUCCUUAUUAUACGUACAUGUUGUAGAGAGCAUGAACCACGAGAUUAGAGACGGCGAUCUCGUUACAUUGAAGGACCCCAUCAAAGAGAUGCUUACGGCCGCUGUUUCGUCAAUUCUUCUCGGAUCCUGGGAUGGCUUCUUGCUCAAGGAAGGCGGUUCUGUCGAUCUAUUCGCCUUUCAUCUUCUGGACACCGUCUACGAGCAACACCAUACGCUGUCUUUGCAGUUGGAAGAGAAGAAGCUCGGCAGCCUACUCUACAGCAUGGAUGACUGGGUCCUCUCGGAGUAUGAUGACCAAGAGGCAUCUAGUGUUCUGGUCAGACUGAAGCAGUGCGCGCAGUGGUGCUUAUUGUCGCUCGAAGAAGUCUCAAAAGACCUCUCCCAAACGCGUCUUCAUAUCUGCUCUGCUCACAACGAGGCUCAGAAAUACUGGAAAGAGCACCUCGAGAUCUACGGAACGCUAUGGCACAGAUUAUUUAUGCAGCAGCUAAACGCACAAGGACAGAGCUUUGGCGUCGGCUUCGGCGCCGGCGCGGAGGGCCUUGAGUGGGCAGAGAAUGCCCGGAGGGACCUGGGCAUUUCCCAUGCGGAGGUGCUUUCGUGCAUGUGUUGGGUCAUUGUGAAGCAUGGCGGUCCAAGAAACGACAACGACGGGACUCUGGAGGGCCUGUUUGGACGAGCAAAAGCCGCGGCACAAGGGGUGUUGAACACCGAGCCGAGGGAGUUGUGGCUUGAAUUCUUGGGAACUUUCAAGAGGCUCAAUGAUCUUACGGUGACAAAAGGGGCGAACGCUGCAAAGUAUGCACGCUACAGGGAUGAUUUCAUGAAGGACUUUGUGGCGUUCGUGGAGGACACUCUAAAGGUGUUUGCGACGUUUGGUGGGCCUAAGACGGGAGAGAGGAUUGGGGAUGAGUUCUAUCCCGGGGUUGCGUUUUGAGGCUGGCUGGUUGACAUGCUGCCCAGGAGUCUUGAUGAUUUGGGUGGAAGAGUUAGUCUCGGGGCAUCUUGAGGUUUGGUUAGGGUAUUUGAUGUAGGUUCUUCUGUGUUCCUAGGAGCUAGUCUAUACUUUUAUAUGUAUCUAAGGUAGGCAAGUCAAUAUAUUCUCCGUAUUACCUAA